GGUCCUGCGUCGCGUCAAGUGCCACCAAAACAAACUGACUGUCGCCAAGCGCUACUCCGGUCACUUUGAUGGUAGCGUCCUGAACAACCCGCCGCGUUUUACCGUGCGGAGCGCAGCUGGUAGCACAGCGCGCGUCGGGAGGUGUGUUGCGCUUCGUCAGUGCAGUGAGUGCGGAGCUAAGGCUAAGCUGCUAGCCGACUCGCCGACGACGACUCGCCAUGGCGGAGGCUCCGGGCACCUCGAGCGAGACGAUCACGGAGACCGUGCCGGCGGACACAGCGUCGCAGCCGCAGCAGGAGGGCCGCAGUCUGACCAUCACGCUGAGGAAGAGGAAGACCGAGAAGAAGGUGGAGUGGUCCAGUGACACCGUGGACAAUGAGCACCUGGGUCGGAGGUCCUCCAAAUGCUGCUGCGUAUACGAGAAGCCCCGGAAGUUUGGAGAAUCGUCUUCGGAAAGCGAGGGAGAGGACGAAGAAGGCUGUGGAAGCGCACAUUGUAUUCUGGGACACGGAAGGAGUAGGCAUGGACAGAGUAGUAGUGGCGGCCCGGCGGCGCCCCCUACUUCUGGAGGAUCAAAUGCCCAAUAGUAGGGUUAUUGUGAGACUGAACACGAUAGUGAAUACGGCCUCUCGUAAAGAUAAUACACACAAUUCUAGUUAUUCCCACUCGAGUUAAAUUCAACCACUACGUAUUGAUAGAAAAGAGUCGAUUUAGGACAUGAAAUGCAGGAAACGAUAACAUGGUGCCUGACAAAAGCAGAGGAACUUUAAAGGAGCAAGGUGCUGUUGGCAACCUACUGAAUGGGGUGGUAGCCAUUUGUAUAUAACCCAGCCAUUUUACCUUUUAUGAUCACGUUUGUUUUUAAUUUAUUUUCAUAAAACGUAAUUGUGAGAAUAUAUUAUAUCUUCCAAAUAGCGCACUGACUGAUAGUGUAUGGUCUAAGAUUACAGAUACGCCCCCCUUCUGGCAAAUACGUUGUUAAACUAGAACGCCUUUCAUUUGAAAGUGUUAUUUUUGACUUGAAAAGUGUUUUUUGUGACUAGUAAAUAACAGAAAACAUUUAUACAAAUAGUAAAACUUUUAAUGGGGUUGAUGGGUGAAAAGAAUGUAUUUCAAUUCUAAUAGUGUAAAUUUGAAAACGUGUCAAAACAUUACAUAACAGUUGACAUACAGUAAGCUGUAGACCGACGCACUUCUUACAGUCCGCACCAUGUUUAUGUAGAAACCUUUAAAAAUUACCUUAUGUCAGGCGUUACUAAGUAUUAUAGAUUUAUUUAUGAUAAUGCAGUGCAACAGAAGAAGUCUCUGCUACUGUUUAAACAGAUCAGCACGUAAAACUCUUUCAAAUGAUGGGUAAAAUUAAUUAAAAAGGGCAUUGCAGUGCUAUUUUGAUGUUAUGCUGAGAUAUUUCCGCACAUUUUUCAGACAGUGUUCACACAUUCACUGUUAUCAUGCUGAAGUUUGGAAAUAAAGAUGUGAAAUUCAUGGUAUAUACAUACUUUAAUCAGACACUGCACAGGUAGCUGAAGCAGGACGAUGAAAAUAUAAUAAAUGUUAAAUGAGUUGAGUUAGAUUCUGAGCAAAAAGAAUGAGACGAGGGCAGGUAGAGUCCCUGUACAGGUGUCCUCCGAUACGGAAAACAUGACACGACGAUGCAGGUGACUGAGCGUAAAGUUUGCCAAAAAAAAACGUUCCCGUUCCCAGUGCUUUGGCCUGAAGGCCACAAGCUCCCUUUAUUCAUUCCAGUUGCGUGUUGUCCUGGUCGCUGGAGAUUUUUCUCUUCCCUGGUCGGCAAAAUGGCCUUAAUGAAACUUCUGUUUUAGUGACACGCAGAAUCUGACCGUGGAAACUGGGUGACUGUUGAGUGAGAAAAUGGGAAACCGCAGUGGAGACUGUUGACAAAAGAGCUGAACAGGUGAUUCUUUCACCUUCCAGUGACCCUGGUUAAAACUGCAGGGAGAAGAUGUGAACCGAAGAUGUUCUCCACACAGACACACAAAUGUUUAUAAGCUGUGUGUCUAACUGGCAGCGCAAACAUGAAAGUUGCCCAAGGUCGUCUGCCCAGCCAACAUAAGGAGGACGGGUUCAAGCAGCAAAACCACCGCCACCUACAGUUAAUGAGUAGCUUAUUCAUGGGGUAGUGGGUAGUGUAUGUUUUAAGGCUCUUGCUUUCUAAUUUCAAUGAAAUUGGUUUGGAUCUCACUCCUGCUGCAGAACCCUUGAUCACGAUACUUAGAGUGGCCCUAGUAAGAAUAAUACCCUGCUGUAUAAGUGCAGUAAAUAUGAGUUGCUUUGAAAAAAAGGCAUCAGCUAAAUAGUAACAGGAGGCUCUUUAAAAAAAAAAAAAAGCACGUUGAAGUUAUACUGCCUCAUUGCCUUUUCACCAUGUCUUUCCUUUUCUAUCAUCCACUCUGAACUGUACUGAACUCUUGAAAUGGAAUCUGAUGACUGGAUAUGCACCGGAAAGUACGAAUUCCAAAACAGACCACCACCUUCUGUUGUUUUCAUACAUAAGUGCACUGCUGUUGUAUUGUUCAUGCACAUCUCUGUACAUAGUAAAUGCAAAGAACUAACACCAAUAAACAUGUUUGGGCUGUGUGUGGGUGUAUCCCUCUGUUUGGCACUGUCAGAAAUCUCCACGUACCUCCUCACUGGCUCAGAUACUUAUGGUGGUGAUCUGCACAACACUUGUGCUUUGUUUAGUAAAUGGCAAACAA